AACGAGCGUUUCGAUAUUCAUAUAAACUCGCCGUAAACACACGGUAAGGUACAAAAUGAGUUGACGUGAUUUCCACAGUACAUAUACGCUUUAUACGUCCAUGCACGUGUAUAUAUUUAAUACAAAUGGUUUUAAAGGUCUUUAAUUCAGUCAUUGUGUCGUGGUAUCUCUCCGCCCCGUGUAGGCCACGCCUCCCAGAAUGCGAACGUUUGGAAGGAAAUAGUCGCAGAAGCGACGUGGCUGAUGAUACAGUUCGAGUUUGAACUUUAAUCGCGUACGUUUGGACUCGGUACUUUGGAUUUCGAGCGAACGGAGUGCAAUAGCAGCUAAAGAAGUAGUUUAACACCAGAAGAACUUUUAAGUUCAUUUUUGUUCUCGCCUCGCCUCGCCUCGCCGAGUCGUAAACUGGUUCCGUGGGUCGGCUUCCGUGCGUACACGUCUACAGAGCGCGGAGUGUGAAGGGAUGGGAUUUUGACGUGACGACUAUAAAAAGGCCACGUUGUUCACCUGAGGCUGCCAGCAUGGCACAGAAGGUGCUUGUGACAGGGGGAGGGGGUUAUAUAGGCAGCCAUUGUGUGGUGGAGUUGAUCGAGGCGGGAUACCAGCCUGUCGUCAUCGACAACUUCAGCAACGCCGUACGAGGAGAAAACGAGCUCCCCGAGAGCCUGCGCAGGAUAGAGACGUUUCUGAACACCAAGAUUGAGUUUCAGGAGCUGGACCUGCUGGACAAACCAGGCCUGGAGAAAAUCUUCAGCCAGAACUCGUUCUACGCCGUGAUGCAUUUUGCCGGGCUGAAAGCUGUGGGGGAAUCGGUGGAGCAGCCGCUACGCUACUACAGAGUGAAUCUCACGGGGACCAUCAACCUGCUGGAGGUGAUGCAAGCCCAUGGGGUGCAUAAUAUAGUGUUCAGUAGUUCGGCAACAGUGUACGGCGAUCCUCAGAAACUCCCCAUCGACGAGCAGCACCCGGCUGGAGGCUGUACAAACCCUUACGGCAAAACCAAGUUCUUCAUCGAGGAGAUGAUCCGGGACCAGUGCAAUGCAGAAAAGGACUGGAAUGCCGUGUUGCUCAGGUACUUCAACCCCAUUGGUGCUCACACCUCGGGCCAGAUUGGUGAAGAUCCUCAGGGAAUCCCAAACAACCUUCUACCAUAUGUUGCCCAGGUUGCCGUCGGGAGACGAAAGCAUCUCAGCGUGUUUGGAAAUGACUACAAGACGAUCGAUGGAACAGGCGUGAGAGACUACAUUCAUGUGGUGGACUUGGCAAAGGGACACAUUGCAGCCCUGAAGAAGCUGAAGGACGGCUGUGGCUGCAAGGUGUAUAACCUGGGUACAGGUACUGGCUACUCGGUGUUACAGAUGGUGAAGGCUAUGGAGAAGGCUUCAGGAAGAGAAAUUGCAUACGAGAUCGCCCCCCGGAGGACCGGAGACAUCGCCUCAUGCUAUGCAGACCCUCGCCUGGCAGAGGAGGAGCUCGGCUGGAAGGCAGAUUUUGGCCUAGAGAGGAUGUGUGAAGACUUGUGGCGCUGGCAAUCCCAGAAUCCCACGGGCUUCAGUAACGGCACGGUGUAACGAAACGGAAACAUGCAGACGUGACGACCAGCUGAAAUGAAUCUCGAAUGAAGCAGAGCCAUGAACCUCCUCCUUUUUUUUUUUUUUUUUUUUU